CCAGAUCCAUAGACUUCUCAAAAUCUCAGGUUAGAAAAUAUCUAACCUAUAUGAAAUAUAAAUUAAACUUAUCUGCUAAUUUUAACCAUUUUUCACCAUGAAUCAAGCUGAUGUUUCUAAAUUAGUAUCUAGAUUAAAAACGAAAGUAAAUCCUCGGCUUAGAAAGUUUCGAAAUCCAAAUGGACCUGAAGGCAGAUUAAAUAAACUCAAAAAAACAGUCACUGCCUUAUUCAAAUACGAAAGAAUAGAAUUAAAUUACCCCAGAGCUGAUGAAUCACGAAUGUACGCCGAGAGACUUAUUUCAGAAGCUAUACGAUAUGGAGACUGCCACAAACCUACAAUGGAAAUGGCUGAUUAUUGGCUAAUCGAAAAACAGUUGGUUCACAAAUUGUUCAAAGUUUUGGUUCCUAGAUUUCAAGAUUAUAAUGUUUCCUAUACAAAAUUGUACAGAGCUCCAAAGCCACCUAUUCCUGGUGAUCAAAAUCCAAAAGCAGUCUUAGAGUUAAGAGGUCAUCCAUAUCCAUCAUUGUUACCGGAUAAUAGUUCCAACAAAAACUUGAUACAUAAUGUACUUUUAGAAGAAGCGAAAAGAGCUUAUAGAGCUAAAAAAUAUGCUGAAAUUGCAGCUAAAAUAGAUGCAGUAGAAGAAAAAUUGUCAACAAUCAAAUUGGAAUCAGAAGAUUCCAAAGCAGUUGAGCCUGCACAGUAAUAUUAAUUAUUGAGUUCUCUAAAUAUAUGAAAAGAAAAGAUGUAUAAAGAUCCAGAUGAAAAUUC